AGCACUUUGGGAGGCAUAGGUGGGAGGACUGCUUGAUCCCAGGAGUUUAAGACCAGCCUGGGAAUCAUAAGGAGACCCCAUCUCUAUAAAAAAAAAAAAAAUUUAAUGAGCUGGGCGUGGUGGCUCGAGCCUGUAGUCCCGGCUACUUGGAAGGCUGAGGUGGGAGGAUCGCUUGAGCCCAGGAGGUUGAGGCUGCAGUGAGCUGUGAUCACACCACUGCACUCCAGCCCAGGCGACAGAGAGAGACCUGUCUGAAAAGCAAACAAACAAAUAGAAAGAUAGGCCAGGCGCAGUGGCUCACUCCUGUAAUCCCAGCACUUUGGGGGGCCAAGGUGGGUGGAUCACUUGAGGUCAGAAGUUUGAGACCAGCCUGACCAGCAUGGUGAAACCCCGUCUCUACUAAAAUUAGCCAGGUGUGGUGGUGGGUGCCUGUAAUCCCAGCUACUCAGGAGGCUGAGGCGCAAGAAUCGCUUGAACCCGGGAGGCAGAGGUUGCAGUGAGCCAAGAUCAUGCCACUGCACUCCAGCCUGGGCGACAGAGUGAGACUUGGUCUCAAAAGAAAAAAAUAGAAAGAUAGCACAAAUCACCAAUAUCAAGAACAAAAAAGGCAUUAUUUAUAAGGAUCCUACAGACAUAGUAAUACACUACUGCCGUCUGUGGUGGCUCACACCUGUAAUCCCAGCUCUUUGGGAGACCGAGGCAGGAGGAUUGUUUGAGCCCAGGAGUUCAGGACCAGCAACAUCAUGCUUCAGUUUUGUUUCAUCGUGAGACCCUGUCUCUACAAAACAUCAAAAAAUUAGCCAGGUGUGGCAGCACUUGCUUGUGUUCCAGCUACUUGGGAGGCUGAGGUGGGAGGAUGGCCUGGGCCUGGGAGACUGAUGCUGCAGUGAGCUGAGGUCACACCACUGUGCUCCAGCCUGGGUGACAGAGCGAGACCAUGUCUCAAAAUAAUAGGAGACUAUGAUGAACAAUUUUAGGCCAGUAAAUGUAGCAAUUUCAAUGCAAUGGAUAAACUCUGGGAAGAAUAUAACUUGUCAAAAGCGAUGGAAAUCGGCAUGGUCCUCUUGCUGUUUAGGAAAUUGAAUUAAGGCAGGAGAAUGGCAUGAACCUGGGAGGCGGAGGUGCAGUGAGCCAAGAGAACCUGGUUGGAGCCAGAGAACCUACCUACCAAGAAAACUCCUGCAAAUAUAUAUGGUUUCCCGGUGAAUUCUAUCAAACAUUCAAAGAAGAAACCACGAUAUUCUUACACAAACUCUUUCAGACAAUAAGAGGAGGGGGAACGGGUGCUGUGGCUCCCACCUGUAAUCCUAGCACUUUGGGAGGCUGAGGCAGGAGAAUCACCUGAGGCCAGGAGUUUGAGACCAGCCUGGAAAUAUAGUGAGACCCUGUGUACAAAAAAAAUUAUACCUGUAGCCCCAGCUACUUGGGAGGCUGAAGUGGGAGGAUCCCUUGAUCCCAGGGGUUCAAGGCUGCAGUGAGCCAUGAUCGCACCACUACACUCCAGCCUGGCAACAGAGUGAGACCCUAUCUCUCUACAAAAGGAGGGCCUAUUUCCCAGCUUGUUUUAUGAGGCAAUAUAACCCAAUACCAAAACCUGACAAAGACACCUAAAAAAAAUUAUAGACCACUGUCCUUCAUGAACACAGGCAAAAAUCCUUACGAAGGUAUUGGCAGGUGAAAUCCAACAAUAGCCUAAGAGGGCAGUACACCUCGGCCAAGCGUGGUUUAUCCCAUUGAUGCAAGGUUGUUUUGAUUCAUAAAUCAAUCUUUGUCGUUACCAUAUUACUAGAAUAAAGAAGCAAAGGACGAUCACUGAAAUAGAUGCAGAAAAGACAUUUGGAAACAUUUAUACCUGUUUUAUGAUUUUUUUUAAAAAAAAACCUCAGCAAACUAAGAAUAGAAGGAAACUCCCUGAGUCUGAUAAACGGACAUCUAUGAAAAACCUACACUAGACGUUGUACUUUUGAUGGCGAAAUAUUGAGCAUUUUAUCCCUAAAAUCAAGACCAAGGAUGACACCCAUACUCACUCUUCUGUCCAACAUUAUACUCAAAGUCCCAGCCACUGCAAUAAGCUAAGAAAAAAGGCAAAUUGAAGUCACAAGGAUUAGAAAGGAAGAAGUAAAACUGUAUUUAUUUGUAGAUGACGUGAUUAUUUAUGUAGAGGAUCCUAAGAAAGCUUCAGAGAAUUCCUAGAACUAUUAAGUGAAUUUAGCAAGAUUUCAGAAAUCAAGGCUAAUGUGCAAAAUUUUAUCGUUAUAUAGUAGCAGCAAACUAUUGGAAAAUGAAAUCAGAAAUUACAUUCUAUUUGUAAUAACAAAAAGUAAAAUACUUAGUAAUUAUCUUAACAAAAGAAUACAAGACCUGUUCACUGAAAACUAUAAACACUGCUGAGAUAAAUUGAAGAAGAUGCGGAGGGAUGAAGAAAGACAGCAUGUCCGUGAUGAAAAGACUCAAUCCUGUUAAAACAUCAGCUCUCCCAGUCAAAAUCGCAGCAGACUUUUUUGUAGGAAUUGACACAGUGAGUCUAAAAUAGGAAACACAUGUGACCUGGAAUUGCCAAAGCAAUUAAUCAAAACGGAGCUGAUACAUGCCCUAAUUUCAAAGUUUCUAUUCUACUUACAGCUUCAGUAAUCCAGUCAGCCACAGUGUCCCUGAAGAAUAGACACACAGGUGAGCGGAACAGAAUAGAAAGCCCAGAAAUAGACCCCACCUCAAUAGUCCAUUGAUUUUCAAUGAAGAUGUCAACGUAAUUCCACAUGGAAAGAAAAGUCUUUUUAGCAACUGUUUAUACAUAAGGAAAGAAAUGACGCUUGACCUGCAUUUCACCAUACACAAAGGUGGCUCAGAAUGCUAAAGCUAAAACCGUAACACUUCUGGAAGAAAGCAGUAAAUCUUAGUGACUGUGAGGUCAAGGCAGAGAUUUCUUAGGACACAAAAAACAACCACAAAAGGAAAAAUGGAUGUAUUCAAUUUUAUUAAAAAUUUCAUUAAAAUUAAAAACAUUUGCUCUUCAAAAGAUGUCCAUAAGAAAAUGAGAAGACGGGCCAGGCGAGGUGGCUCAUGCCUGUAAUCCUAGCACUUUGGGAGGCCAAGGUGGGCGGAUCACAACAUCAGGAGAUCGAGACCAUCCUGGCUAAUAUGGUGAAACCCCAUCUCUACUAAAAAUACAAAAAAUUAGCCAGGCGUGGUGACAGGCACCUGUAGUCCCAGCUACUCGGGAGGCUGAGGCAGGAGAGUGGCGUGAACCCGGGAGGCAGAGCUUGCAGUGAGCUGAGAUCACACCACUGCACUCCAGCCUGGGUGACAGAGUGAGACUCCGACUCAAAAAAAAGAAAAAAAAAGAUAAACCACAGGAUGGAAGAAAAUAUUUGCAAUACAUAAGUCUGAUGAAGAAUAUGUGUUUUAGCUGAGCGUGGUGGUGACGUGCACCUGUAGUCUCAGCUACUCGGGAGGCUGAGGUAGGAGGAUCGCUUAAGCCCUGGAGGUCAAGGCUGCAGUGAGCCACGAUCCCGCCACUGCACUCCCGCCUGGGCAACAGAGUGAAACCCUAUGCCCCCCACCCCCGCCAAAAAAAAAGGUGUAUGUUACAACUCCACCCAAUUAAAGAAAAUGGGCAGAAGACGGGAGCAGACACUUCAGAAAAGAAGAUACAUGAGUGGGUAAUAAACACAUGGAAAGAUGCCAUCAUUAGUCUUCAGGGAAACGCAGAUUGUAACACAGAGAUCCUCCUGCAUAUGCACGGACACCCUGCGUGCACCCACGUCACCAGUGGGAGGGCACACAGCACAGCCACUGUGGAAGACGGCUGCAGUUUCUUAGAAAGUUAAAUGUGCACCUCCCUGUGAGCCAGCCACUCCGCUCCCAAGAGAAAUGAAGACAGAUGUCCACAUGAGGACAUGUGCCAGGACCUCGGCCACAGCUCCAUGCAGUCACCAGGAACUGGGAGCAGCCCAGGUACCCACUGGCAGGCGAUGGGCAAAGGCGGCGACCUUUGGCCACAGGGUGGAAAAUCCUUCAGCUGUGGAAAGGAAGAAAGUGCAGAUAAAACAACAUGGAAGGCUCUAAAGGACUGGGCUGGGGUCUGCAGGGCUCAGCUGAGCCCAGGAGCUACCAGAGCUAACCCCUGACCUCCCAGGCGGGCAAAGGGCUGAUGUCGGUAGCCCCCAUCCUGGAGGGGCAGGCUCUGCGCAUCUGCUCCCGGCAUGGCGCUACGGCACCUCGCCCUCCUGGCUGGCCUUCUGGUGGGAGUCGCCAGCAAGUCCGUGGAGAACAUGGCCCAGCUGCCCGAGUGCUGUGUGGAUGUGGUGGGCGUCAACGCCAGCUGCCCAGGCGCAAGCCUGUGUGGCCCAGGCUGUUACAGGCGCUGGAACGCAGAUGGGAGCGCCAGCUGUGUCCGCUGUGGGAACGGAACCCUCCCAGCCCACAAUGGCUCCGAGUGUAGAAGCUUCGCUGGCCGGGGUGCGCCAUUCCCCAUGAACAGAAGCUCAGGGACCCCUGGGCGGCCACAUCCCGGGGCUCCGCGCGUGGCUGCCUCCCUCUUCCUGGGCACCUUCUUCAUCAGCUCCGGCCUCAUCCUCUCCGUAGCUGGGUUCUUCUACCUCAAGCGCUCCAGUAAACUCCCCAGGGUCUUCUACAGAAGAAACAAAGCCCCGGCCCUGCAGCCUGGCGAAGCCGCUGCAAUGAUCCCCCCGCCACAGUCCUCAGUACGGAAGCCGCGCUACGUCAGGCGGGAGCGGCCCCUGGACGGGGCCACGGACCCCGCUGCCUUCUCGGCGGAGGCCCGUAUCAGCAAUGUCUGACCUGGAGGCCGAGACCAUGCCACGCACUUGGCGGCAGGGACCCGGAGGCCGACCCCUUGGCGGGAGCCCAGCACAAAGGGUUGGCAUCGCCCAGUGCCCGGGACAGUCCUGGGCACAGCCCCGGCUCUGAGUCCCUCCGUCUCCCAGCAACAGAUGCCACGGGGUCCCAGGCCGCCUGAGGCUCCUUCCCACCAUAGCCAUCUCGUUUAUCGGACCAAGAGCAGGCAUCCUUGAGACCUCAGAGCUUCAGAUCGAGGCCUUGGGGGGUCUGGGCCCCCCAGGAAACACGGUGACGCCCCAGCGCCUGCAGCCAAGAUGGAGGCCUGGCUCAGGCAGCCAAAGCUGGCAUGAUCUAUGGGGCAGGCGCCGCUCUGCCUAGAAAAGCCAGGGGCUCUGCUGCCGUGCCCUCCGGAGCCCACGACGGGCAGGACUCCUCCAGCACCACCGCACCCAGUGGCCCGAGACCCCUCUGAGAACAGUGAGGCGGGUCCUCGUGCCGUUCCAGCCGGUGCCCGGCCAGUGGGGAGGACGCAGCCUAGGAACCAGCUGCCUGAGACCAGGGUGCCUCUGGGCUGUCCCCCAACGCGGCGGAGACCCCGCGCACGCAGCCACCCAUUUCCGGAGCUGCAGGAUGGAGCUUCCUCUUGAUCUCUUUGUUUUUAAGCAGAAAUUCAUUGUGCAGAAAAGUCCUCCAGAGCUCUGCGGCCCCGCUUGGAUCCGCUGGACCCCCGUGCCUGGCUGAUCCCUGCCCACGCAGGGCAGGCCCACAUCUAACCCCCGCAAGUCACUGCCUAACUGGACCUGCCAAGGCUGCCCUGGUGCUGUCUGAGUCCUGGGGUCUCUCCCAGAGUUCCUGGGAGAAAGGCGCCGUUGUGGCCGCCUCCCGCAUGCCAGGCUUGGGGCUCCACUGUGGGUCUCAGAUGCCCUGCGGUACCGGCACUGUCUGCUUUAGCAUUGGAUCCCCAUCUGAGGGGUGGCCUGGCCUUCGGGGUCCCCAUGCUCCUUUGCGAAGUCCACUGUGGGUGCCAUCAUGGUCUCCGGGACCUGGGCCAGCGGGAACGUGGGGGCACUGGGUGCUGAUAUAAAGUCAGCGUUACGCAAGCUGCGUUCCAA